GUUUUGACAGUUCGGGGACCGGUUGUAUCUGGUUUUGGGGUUCAAGGACGAAAAUUGGAUUUGGUGUAAAAUUAAGGGACCUCAGAUGAACUUAUUCCUUACUGGACUGGGCUUCUUUUUCUGACCGAUUGGAAAUCAGAAUCUGCUGCUGCUUGAAAUUCAGCUUGCUGGUUGCACAGUGACAUGUUUUCUUGUUUCUACUCUGCCCUGACAUGGGCGAGUGAAUCAUGGAUGCAUGUAGUGCAAGUUCAGACAUCAGAGCUGUGGAAGUUGUACAGUAGAAGCCAUGAUUACUACAGUACUACAUGCAGUUGCAGCUGGAUUGAGAUGACAAUGUCACGAGCUGGCUAGCUAUUAGGGGGGGUGUUUGGGAAGGAGGGACUAAACUUUAGUCCAUCUCAUAAAUAUAUAAGUGCUUCCCUUAAAGACUUAUGGUUUUGAGAGAGGGACUAAACUUUAGUCCCUUGUUCCCAAACACCCCCUAGAUCGAUCAUACCGUAUCAUUUUCUUGGAGCUAGCACGCAUGAUUGUGAGACAACCCAGCUUGAAAGAAACCAAAUUUUUUGUUCGGUUUAAAGUCAUUUUUUUCAGAACCGACAGUCAGUCAAUCAGACAGACAGUGUCAAGUGUUCGACAAGUAACAUGUACACAGAGCAUGGCGCCAAUCCGUCAGAGGCACGUACUACGAGUUCAUCGUUGCCUCGAGCACACCAUCAUUAAUCUGCUUGCUUUACAACGAAGAUUACGUUUGGUGAAUGGGGAUUAUGUGUGUGCUCUGGCUGUCUCGCAGGUGAAAGGAAAUGAGCUUUCCGGUCUGUGUGCACGCCUGAUCCAUCCUACAAUGAUGCAGAGAGCCUUGCAGAUAAAAAUCUUGUCUUCCCCACAAAACAAAAGAUAAAAAAAUCUUGUCUAAUCUGUGUUGCCAGGUAGUUCAUCUCCAGAUCAAAAGGUGACAUUUCAGAACAUAAUGUUGUUGUCUGAAGUUGCACAGUCAUUAAGAUGCAAGAAGGCGAGGGAGAGGGGAGACGCUCAGCUUUACCUAUAAACUGAUCAUCUAUUGCCCUAAUUAAUUUCUGACGAAAUUUUUCUAUCAUACAGACUAGUUGCUAUUGCUUGGUGGUUGGAAACUUGGAAUCUGGAAAUGCAGCUAAUUCAUCCUUGGAGAGGAUGAAAUCCUUCUGGCGGCAUCCAAGGCAACACCAGUGCCAAUCAGAGUUGGUGGCGACAACGAGAUGGAAGCAAAUCAGAGUUCAUAAUCUUUUUUUUUUUUGAAAAGAAAGAGUUCAUAAUCUUAAUCGAGAUCUUCUGCCAAGUGCCAACUACCAAAGCAGUUGUACAGAAUAUUUGUUCAGUGUACGUGAUUCUCAUCGCUGACAAACGCUUCGAUUAUUCUAUCUCCGAAUUCUGAAUUUCUGAAGCAACCGAGAGCCCAGAAGCAGCAGCGAUGUGUUGGAUAAAUCUGGGCCGUUGAUUCUUGGCCGGAGAAUAAAAUCAAGGAGGCCCGGAUGAGCGCCACGUGGCGAACCAGCUAGCUUGGCUACCACCCUUGGGCCUUGUCAGGUCAAAGUCAAACCGAAGUUGAAGCCUGCAAUGCAAGCCCGGGUCUAUAAAUACUCUCGUCCUCUCCUGCUCGAUUUGCCCUCCUCGUGCUCAGUAAACAAACUCCCACCGUGUUCUUCCUCCUCCCAGAUCUAAGAUCCGUGGACCGACCGAGCUCGAGCUCCACCACCUCGUCUCCAAUGGCGGUCAAGGUCUACGUCGUGUAUUACUCUAUGUAUGGUCAUGUCGCCAAACUAGCUGAGGAGAUCAAGAAAGGUGCUUCAUCUGUCGAAGGCGUGGAAGUUAAAAUAUGGCAGGUCCCUGAAACCCUCUCAGAGGAGGUGCUGGGCAAGAUGGGCGCGCCGCCGAGGAGCGACGCGCCGGUGAUCGCGCCGCAGGAGCUCGCGGAGGCCGACGGCGUCCUGUUCGGGUUCCCGACGAGGUUCGGCAUGAUGGCGGCGCAGAUGAAGGCGUUCUUCGACGCCACCGGCGGCCUGUGGCGCGAGCAGAGCCUCGCCGGCAAGCCCGCGGGCGUCUUCUUCAGCACCGGCACCCAGGGCGGCGGCCAGGAGACGACGCCGCUCACGGCGGUGACGCAGCUGGCGCACCACGGCAUGGUGUUCGUCCCGGUCGGCUACACGUUCGGCGCCAAGAUGUUCGACAUGGCGGCGGUGCACGGCGGCAGCCCGUACGGCGCCGGCACGUUCGCCGGCGACGGGUCGAGGUGGCCGUCGGAGGCGGAGCUGGAGCACGCCUUCCACCAGGGCAAGUACUUCGCUGGCAUCGCCAAGAAGCUCAAGGGCGCCUCCUCCGCCUGAAUCAUAUACAGAAUUGUUACAGAGAUCAUUCGCAUUGGCUGCCUGUGCUGAUUUGAUCCGUGUUCAUAUGCCGGAAUUAAUCUUUACCGAUUCGUUACACAAAGAUUUGGUUGGAUUUGGUUGUGGGUUUGAUUCUACGUACUGUGCUUGUAUAAACUUGUUAAGUUGAUUGUGCACUCCCAUCGAUAUUAUACCAUCAUAUAAUCUAUAUUCACGGGACUGUC